UGGAAGGGAGGGCUGGAAUUAUUUUGUGAAAGGAGAGAGGGAGGGAGUAUAAAAGGUCAGUUUGAGCUGAGGGGGGCAGACAGGUUAAGAAGAACUGAAUACAGUGACACAGGAUAUUUAUUACUUUACAGAUUGGUGUUUUUUGUGACUUGUUUGUCCAUCUGCUGAGAUCAUGGCUGACUUUGACAAGGUCCUGAAGUUCUGGGGUCCAGUGGAGGCAGACUAUCCUGCCAUGGGAGGCCUUGUUCUGAGCCGUUUAUUCAUGGAGUACCCAGACACCCUGCAGCUGUUCCCAAAAUUUACUGGUAUCGCCAAGGCUGACCUGGCUGGUAACGCAGCAGUUGCUGCCCACGGUGCUACCGUGCUGAAGAAACUGGCUGACUUUCUGAAGGCCAAAGGUGACCAUGCUGCUAUUCUCAAGCCUAUGGCCAACAGCCACGCCUUGAAGCACAAGGUCGCCAUUGAUAACUUCAAGCUGAUGACUGAGAUCAUUGCGAAAGUCAUGACGGAGAAGGCAGGACUUGACGCUGCUGGGCAGCAGGCCCUGAGGAAUGUGAUGGCCGUUAUCAUUGCUGACAUGGAAGUCCAAUACAAAGAGCUGGGCUUCAGUGGCUAAAGAUAAAAAUCACAUGUCAUACUGAGGUCAGAUGACAGAAAGAAAUAUUUGUGACAUGCAUGCCCUUUAUUGAAACAGUUUAAUCCUCUGUAUACAUACAUAAACUAAAUCAGAAUGAAAGGAAAACCAUAACAACUAAAGAUUUAAGAGAAUACAAAUGUAUCUUUUAUGCAGCAUUAUUGCAUUUGAUUGCGUUAGCGCUCAGCAAUAAACAUGUUCUCUAUUUGAGUUAAAUGAGAUUCAUCUUGACUGUCUUAAGAUUCUUGUCUGACAAUAUACUGUAAACCCUCGUCUUUACCAAUAAAAUUAUUUCAUUCUUGUCUGCUCAUAA